AGGAUACAACUCUGAAUGAUGGGAGCUCAUUCAGUCCAUUGAUGCUGGCCUCGCCUUCAUCUAUGAUCAACCAGAUCAAGUUUGAGGACGAACCUGAUGUCAAAGAUGUUUUCAUUACCGUCGACGAGCCAGAAUGUCACGUCACAGCCAUAGAAACUUUUAUUACCUACAGGAUUGCCACAAAGACGACCCGCAGUGAAUUUGAUUCAAGUGAAUUUGAAGUCAGGAGACGUUAUCAAGAUUUUAUUUGGUUGAAAAGCAGACUUGAAGAUGCUCAUCCAACGUUAAUAAUUCCUCCAUUGCCGGAAAAAUUCAUAGUUAAAGGGAUGGUGGAGCGAUUCAAUGAUGAUUUCAUUGAGACUCGGAGGAAAGCUUUGCAUAAAUUUUUGAACAGAAUAGCUGAUCAUCCAACAUUAACUUUUAAUGACGACUUCAAGAUUUUCCUUACAGCUCAAGCAUGGGAGCUGACUUCUCACAAAAAGCAAGGUCCUGGACUUUUUAGCAGAAUGGGUCAGACACUCAAGGCUGUAGCAUCUUCUGUGCGCGGAGUUAAAAAUCGCCCUGAUGAAUUUACAGAGCUGGGAGAAUAUGUGGAAGCUUUUAGCCAGAAAAUAAAUGUUUUAGACAAAGUGUCCCAAAGGAUUUCUAAAGAAGAAAAAGAUUAUUAUGAAGAAAUGAAAGAGCAUGGUCCUAUCUACACUUUAUGGUCUGCAUCUGAAGAAGAGCUGGUAGACCCCCUGAGAGGGGUUGCAAAUUGCAUAGACAAGUGCUGCAAGAUCACAGAAGCCUUGAAUUCUAAGCUCUCGUGUGAUCUGAUUCCAAUUAUUCAUGAAUAUGUCCUAUACAGUGAAACACUGUCUGGUGUGCUGAAAAGAAGAGAUCAAAUUCAGGCAGAGCUUGAUGCCAAAGUGGAUGCUCUAGUCAGUAAGAAUACAGAAAGAGAUAUACUGAAAGAAGAGGUUGGAAAACUCGAAGACAAAGUUGAAUGCGCCAACAAUGCCUUGAAGGCCGAUUGGGAGAGAUGGACAAAAAACAUGAGAUCUGACUUGAAAGCUACAUUUUUAAAUAUGGCAGAUUGCCAGAGAAACUAUUAUGAAGAGGUGAGAUUAUUUUAUUACUUCUUACAUGGCAACAGUAUUACUUGA